AAAGAUCUAUUUCAUUGCUGACCCGGAAACUGGACUGGACCCGCCUUUAUGAAUUAAUCUGGGUCGGGUCAUCCGAUUCUUUAUGGUACUUGAUCACCGCUUUUCAAAUCUUCAACCGGAAAACCUUUGAAUUUUAUGCAGAAAACGCAUAUACAAAGGACAGUAACAGAGCAAUUCAAUUACCCAAUUUCUUUCCCCAGUUGAUAAAAUGCUGCAAAGGAGAAUUUCCCACUCACGAAAGUGGCUUUGUAGAAGCUUCUCGAACGUUCUUCACUCGGAGCCUUUGCGAGUGUGUGUUGUCGGAAGUGGCCCUGCCGGUUGCUACACUGCCGAGAAGAUGCUGAAGGCGCAUCAACAAGCACAAGUUGAUAUCAUUGAUAGGUUGCCUACGCCUUUUGGGUUGGUUCGCUCUGGUGUUGCACCUGAUCACCCUGAAACAAAGAUUGUCGUCAACCAAUUUUCACGGGCGAUGCAACAUGAACGGUGCUCGUUUUUCGGAAACGUGGCCCUUGGAUCCAGCAUAUCUCUUUCUGAAUUACGCAAGCUGUAUGAUGUGGUUGUCCUUGCAUAUGGCGCUGAAAGCGACAGAGAUCUUGGUAUUCCAGGAGAAAACUUAAAAGGGGUAAUAUCAGCUAGAGAAUUUGUUUGGUGGUAUAAUGGGCACCCAGAUGGACGAAAUCUUGAUCCAGACCUGAAGAGCACUGAUACAGCUGUAAUUCUUGGACAGGGGAAUGUUGCUUUAGAUGUUGCACGUAUUCUUUUACGACCUACUACAGAGUUAGCGACAACUGAUAUUGCCAGUCAUGCUUUGGCUUCUUUAGAGGAGAGCUCUAUCAGGGUAGUUUAUUUGGUUGGAAGACGUGGUCCAGCCCAAGCAGCUUGUACUGCCAAAGAGCUACGUGAAGUUCUAGGUAUUCACAAUCUUGAUAUUUCAAUACAGGAAUCUGAUCUACUACUAACCCCAGCUGAUGAGGAAGAGCUUAAGAGCAACCGAAUACACAGAAGAAUUUUUGAGUUGUUAUCCAAGGCAGCCACCUCAAGACCAAGACAUGCUGGUUUGAACCAGCGCCAGCUCCGUUUUGUGUUCUUCCGUAAGCCAGAUAGCUUUCAAGAAGCAAAAGACAGUACUGGCCAUGUCUCUGGAGUGCGUUUUGAGAAGACAGUUCUUAAAGGUGCUGGCCCUGGAAAACAAAUUGCCGUUGGUACCGGAGAAUUUGAAGAUAUAAAAUGCGGGAUGGUUCUUAAGAGCAUUGGUUACAAAUCAGUACCGGUAGAUGGCCUCCCUUUUGAUCACAAGAAAGGUAUAGUUCCAAAUGAUAAAGGUCGAGUGUUGCAUGAGACUUCGGAUACUGCAGUUCUUGAAGAAGGCUUGUACGUAUGUGGUUGGCUGAAGAGAGGGCCAACUGGGAUUGUUGCGACAAACCUAUAUUGUGCUGAAGAAACUGUUUCGAGCAUUUUAGAAGACCUUGAGAAAGGAGUUUUGAUUUCAUCAACGGCCGCACCAAAACCAGGUAGGGACGGUCUCCUCAAUCUUUUGCAAGACAGAAAUGUUCGAAAUUUCUCAUUCAAUGAUUGGGAAAAGAUAGACUCUGAAGAAAGGAAUCUUGGAAGUUUAAGGAACAAGCCUAGGGAAAAACUAGCCACUUGGAACGAACUACUGACAGCUACCUCCGAAGGAACCGGAUAUUCAACGUGAUACAUAAUUUUAGCCUGGUAAACAUCUUUUCAUGCACCAAGAAAAAACUAAAUAAUUGAAAGAAGACUUUCACAAUCCACACUCAUUGGUGAAGAUAUCAACAACGAAGUCCGGUUAAAGAGUUUUCUUGUAAAUGAUUUUUGGAUUGCAAUACUAAUCAUGCCUGAUUAUUGUCUCAUUGAUACUUUCUAUUGAUACUUUCUAUUGCCUGUGUACACUAUUUUUUGUAUUAAAUUAAAUAAGCAUUGCCAA